AGCAACCCAGAGGAACAAGAAUAUGCAUUGUCACUUGUUGUUGAAAGCGCUACUGAAAGGCGGUUGCAUACCCCAGGGUCGAAGCCGACAGUAGAUUAUUGCCUUGUUGGACGGACAGAGAGACAAAUCCUGUACAAAGUACCAGUGGAGGCGAAGAAAAUGUUCACAUUCAAUGACAUGGGCCAACUGGCUUAUUAUAUGGGCCAGUUGGCAAAGGUGGGGGGCAACAACACCGAAAUUGGGUUACUUAUGGAUGAGACAAGGCUAAAAAUAGCUGUAGCCCCCUUGUGUCUGUCUGAAGGGCCCUUACCACUGCCAAUCAUAUUUCUGAGUCCCAGCAUUACAUUGAGAGAUGUGCAACACUGAAACAUGAUGCCUGCAUAGUGAUCUGUGUUCUGCAGCAAGCACUUGUUCCACGCCUGAACAUCACAGCUGAGGCCCUCAGCACCUGUUUUGGUCCCAAAUGGUGGUGGGGAAUCAGAGGAGCAGCGGAGAGAAUCGCAGCACAGCCACAAAUUCUUGGUGACACAGGUGUGCCGCAUGAUUAGAUGCAAAGCCUAAUGAAGGAAAUAAAGGAGCUGAAAAGGGAAAUAGAAAAAAGUAAAGAAAGAACAAACUCCACAUAAAUCCCCUGGGAACGGCAAGGCAAGGGCUGGCACAAAGAGACGCCACAUAGAAUCUGACUAGUGCAAAACCUACUCACUUUUGUUGCUUGCAAAUUCAUAAUCACUGGUCAUUGCACUGGUCAUUAUCACUGGUAUUGCGCAAUACCUAGCGCGCGCACUGCACUCGGUGAUUUUUUAAAGAAUGGAACAGUG